AUGUCGACCUUGUUCGGCCUCAAGGCCAAGCGGUAUCCACUCGACCCCGCUUCUCCAGGUAGCACUGCAUGGGAGACUUUAUCGGCUCCUUACCCAAGAUACCCGAACGACGACAAGCUCUUCCGCAAGGCCUUGCCACCAAGCGUCUACAAUGCCACGCUCACUCCCUGGCUACCACUCGGCUUCUCCCUGGCCUACUACUUUGUAGCUCAUGCAGCAAACGCUAUCGUCAGAAGCGACGGCAACAAGGACUACACAAAAGCCCCUGGUCUGCUAGCCAAGGUGCUGCGCUUCUUGAUCCUCAUUCACAACGCCGCUCUUGCUCUCUACAGUGGAUGGACAUGGGCUAUGAUGUUCCCCUAUGUCGUCGACUUUUUCAUUCAAGGAUGGAGGGCUGCUCGAAUGGAUGGUGUCAAGCUCGCUCUCUGCUCCAUGCCUACCAACUGCCCACAUCUGGGCAAGUACGCUUACAUCUUCUACCUCAGCAAAUACUACGAAGUCUUUGACUCACUCAUUCUUCUCUUGAAGGGCAAGAGAGUGUCCAACUUGCAGUCCUACCAUCACGCCGGUGCCAUCAUCUGCAUGUGGAUUGCCUAUCGAUACCAGAGUCAAGCAGUUUGGGUCUUCUGUCUCUUCAACAGCUUUGUCCACACCUGCAUGUACACCUACUACUUCUGCGCUGCCAUGCGAUGGCCCUUCCCUCGAGCAGUGAAGCGCAAUCUCACAACCAUGCAAAUCGCUCAAAUCGCUUCCGGUACCUUACUCACCAACCUCUACCUACUCAUCAAGCUCGAUCCUACCGCAGUCCUCAACGCCUACAAGACCAACAAGGUCUCUUCCUGGUUUCAACCUGUCGUCACCCAUGACCAGUUAGUCUUCAUCCACGCUCUAUCCCGCGCUGCCUCAUCUGAACCAACAACUUGCAUGCAAACUACCGGCGCCGAAAUCGCUCUUCACCUCAACACCAUGUACAUGUUCCCUCUGCUUAUGCUCUUCUUCAACUUCUUCAUGCGCUCUUACCUUCCAAAGUCGCCCAACGCCAAGAACGUCGAUCUCAAGAAGUCUCUCAGAGCUAUCAAUUAA